AUGAAUAGAGCUUUGACACCAUAUGGGCUUCAUGACCUCGCUGCGAGCGUCGAGCGCUCAGAGCUAUCCAAGCGUCUCGCCAAACUCAUCAAGAGCGAGAAUCAUGCCAUUGGUGCCUACGAAUCUGCCGGCCGCGAGCGCUUGUCGAUCGCCUCCCAGCUGUCGGACUGGGGCGAGUCCACCAACGACGAUUCCAUCUCGGAUAUCUCGGACAAGAUCGGCGUGUUGAUGUCGGAAAUUGGCGAGCAAGAAGAUCUCUUUGCGCAGAACCUCGAAGACUAUCGCAGCAUCUUGAAGCAGAUUAGGAACACCGAGCAGAGCGUGCAGCCCUCGCGAGACAACAAGAACAAGAUCGCAGAUGAGAUCCAGAAGUUGAAGUAUAAAGAGCCGUCGUCGCCCAAGCUCGUUACGCUUGAGCAGGAGCUGGUCAGAGCAGAGGCUCAGAAUCUUGUCGCUGAGGCGCAGCUGACCAAUAUCACUCGCCAGAAGCUCAAGGAAGCAUAUGAUCUCAACUUCGCGGCUACGAUAGAGCGUGCUGAGAAGCAGAUCAUCCUUGCCAAACAUGGUCGCCGACUCUUGAACCUGCUUGACGACACGCCUGUCGUUCCGGGCGAUGUCCGCCACCCGUUUGCGCACGGCACAGAUGCGAGACAGAUUCUCGCAGACGCUGAGCACGAUCUCCAAAUGUGGCAGCCAAACCUGGAGCCCGUUCACGUCAACUCUGCGGGCCUUGGAAGCAAUCUGAUGCCGUCAGAGGAAGUAGCGACGGGCCAGUCUUCUGUAGCUGACACUGCUGAGCAGGAGGUGGCCUCUCCCUCAAGCGAGACCACUCAUACCAAGUCCGCUGCAGAAGCUCAGGGCACACACCUUCAGCAAGCAACGCACGCAUAG